CCUCCUCUCUUGCCUAAUCUCAAAGUCCAGAGAGUCGGUGAACACUCGCUGAUCUGCUUCCACAGGAGUUCACUUUUGACUUGUGCGAGAUGACUUUAGUGUGGAGACAAGUGCCGAGAGCCUUGCACUUGGAGACCUCCUCUCCCAGGAUCCUCAAGAUGUGUCCCUCCCUGAGCCUAGGUGCUUCCUGGGCAUCUGUAACCAAGCUUGGUCUUCACACAAAACCCAGAAUGCCUCCAUGUGACUUCUUACCUGAAAGAUACCAGUCCCUUGCCUAUGACCGUGCACUGGAGAUCCACAGGCAACAUCUUUCUCCUAUGGUGACAGCAUAUUUCCAGAAGCCCCUGAUGCUCCACCAGGGGCACAUGGAAUGGCUAUUUGAUUCUGAGGGAAACAGAUACCUGGAUUUCUUUUCGGGGAUUGUCACUGUCAGUGUUGGUCACUGCCACCCGAAGGUAAACACAGUGGCAAAAAAACAGCUUGGACGCUUGUGGCACACAAGUUCUGUCUUCUUCCACCCUGCAGUACACAAAUAUGCAGAGGAGCUCUUGGCCCUUCUUCCUGAGCCCUUAAAGGUCAUUUUCUUGGUGAACAGUGGCUCAGAAGCCAAUGAUCUGGCCAUGCUGAUGGCAAGAGCACACUCAAAAAACACAGACAUCAUUUCUUUCAGAGGAGCCUACCAUGGAUGCAGUCCUUACACACUUGGCUUGACGAAUAUAGGGACCUUCAAGAUGGAACUCCCCAGUGGGAUGGGUUGCCAAUCAACAAUGUGCCCAGAUGUCUUCCGUGGCCCUUGGGGAGGAAGCCACUGUCGAGAUUCUCCAGUACAAACAAUUAGGAAAUGCAGCUGUGCACCAGGUCCAGUGGGGCAGGGAGGAAGGCUGCACUGCCAUUCUCACAUCUUUAAAUGCUGUGGUUUGUGUGCUUCUUUGUGUGUGUGUGUGUGUGUGUACUGCUGCCAAGCUAAAGACCAGUAUAUUGAGCAGUUCAAAGAUACUCUGAACACUAGCGUGGCCAAGUCAAUUGCUGGAUUUUUUGCAGAGCCAAUUCAAGGUGUGAAUGGAGUUGUCCAGUACCCAAAGGGGUUUCUAAAAGAAGCCUUUGAGCUAGUGCGAGAAAGGGGAGGUGUGUGUGUUGCUGAUGAAGUACAGACAGGAUUUGGAAGGUUGGGCUCUCAUUUCUGGGGCUUCCAAACCCAUGAAGUUCUACCUGACAUUGUCACCAUGGCUAAAGGGAUUGGAAAUGGCUUUCCCAUGGCAGCAGUUGUGACAACUCAAGAAAUUGCCAGAUCCUUGGCUAGAUGUAUGCUUCAUUUCAACACCUUUGGAGGGAACCCCAUGGCCUGCGCCAUCGGAUCCGCUGUGCUUGAGGUGAUUAAAGAAGAAAAAGCACAGGACAACAGUCAAGAAGUUGGCACCUACAUGUUACUGAAGUUUGCUAAGCUGCGAGAUGAGUUUGACACUGUUGGAGAUGUCCGAGGCAAAGGCCUCAUGAUAGGGAUUGAAAUGGUGCAGGAUAAGGUGAACCGCCAGCCUCUUCCUUGUGAUGAAGUAAAUCAAAUCCAUGAGGACUGCAAGGAUAUGGGGCUCCUGCUCGGCAGAGGUGGCACUUUUUCUCAGACCUUCCGCAUUGCACCCCCAAUGUGUGUCACUAAGCCAGAAGCUGAUUUUGCAGUGGAAGUAUUUCGUUCUGCCUUAAUCCAACACAUGGAGAAAAGAGCUAAGUAAAAUGUUAAGAAAUAAUAAAACACAAGCCUCAAGAACUUCCCUACUUAUAUGCAAGGAUGAAUUUGAGGAAUUUCAAAACCACUGUUACUGGGAGAAAACCUGCAGCUCUCCAGGGAAGUUGUACAAGACAUGGUUGGCUGCCUAUCCACCAUGUUUUAACAGAGCCCCUGUUCACUUGAGAAUUCCAUCCUUCUUGGAAAGGAUCUUUGCUUUUAGCUUUCAGAAUAAGUCCCUAGCGUAGUUACGGUAAUUUGAUUUUACUUUGUAUUAAUCGUUUUAUGCAUGAAUAUAUGGCAUUUGUUGUUGUUGUUGAUGGUGACUCUAAAGGAAAAUCUUUUGAUGGAGGUGCCUUCAGGGAAAAGGUUCUUUACCCUCCACUCUUCAGGUCAGGAAAAUGUCUUCUUGUUGCACUGAAAACAUCAUACAUCACAAUGGGCUUCCUGGAACCACAUUAGCUAUCGGAGAACCCUGAAGAUAAUAGCCUAUUUGCUGAAGCUGGAAGAUGGAUCAACCUGAGUACUUAGUGAUAUCAAUGAAACAUUUACAAACAAUCCUGGAGCCACCCUGCCUCAAGGCUACUUGAAAUAUGAUAAUAAAUUCAUUUUAUUGCAUUAACCUUUUUUAUUUAAAUUUUCCAUUACUGUGGCCAAAAGCAUUCAACGAAAUGAUGCACAAAAUAGUUUAGUACAAUAACAACCUCCCCACCUUUCACUUUCUUAAGUCUUCCUUUCUUGUCUAUUCCCAUGGCCAUCAGCUCACCCUGAUCUAAAUCCUGUCAAGUUCAGAACUUCCCAUACUUUAAUUAUUAUAAUAUAUAUUCAUAGAUUUCCUCCCGUAUAAGGGUACACCUGUCUUAAAAUUUACAAUACUUUUCUUAAUUUGAUUUUUUGCUUAGAUAUAUUUAAUAGUAUACUGUCUAUAAUAACAAUAGACAUCAAUAUCACUUGUCAUAAACAGAAGGUAAACAUAAAUAGAGGGAAUACAAACACCACAAACCCAUUUCUAUCUGGGGCCUGUUCCCUCUUUGUUCAAAAAAGGAGGUUAGAGAGUGUUUGAGAUGUGUUAAAAAUACACUAGCAAAGUGAUGCCUUCUCCUGAACACAAAUGAGAAAGAGAAAUAACUUUCUCAGCAUGUGAUUGGAUAUUUAUUUGAAGUUGUGUCCUGGUUGGAAGCCACAUCCUAAAUGUCUGCCUCACUGAGAUUUCUGUUCUACUAGCCAGGUUUAUUUCCAUCGGGCAUUGGUUUAAAAAUGGUAUUCCCUGGGACAAAAUUUGCCUUUAGCUCCCCACUGUCUCUUGGAUAUGAUCAAAAUCCCUUUAACAAGAAAUUCAAUAUCCAAAUACAGUAAACACUUCAUUUUGGCUCUGCAAAAAUGCCACUGGACUCAGCCAAAUGGCUUAAGCUCUAUACUUAGUUCUUCUACUUAAUUUGCAACAAGUGACCAUGAGCUAGGCUUUCCAUUUCUUCUUACUCUUAAGUCUUGUUUUGGUUUUUGUUUUCUUUCACUACUUGACCUUCCUACCUCCGGCAGUUAUCUUGCGAAUCAAAUGAGUCAGUGGAUAUAAAAAUUCUUUGCAAACUGAUAAAUCAUACAAAAAAGAAAUGUUUCCCUUUCCAGCUAUAUUGCUCUUCCUCUCUUCACUACAGAAUCUUUCCCAAGAACAGUUUUUGUUCACCAUUUAUACUUCCCUUCUCUCUCAUCCAAGCCACAAUCACUAGGCUCUCUUUGUUGUCUCUCAGUCCUUGGAAAUUUUGCUUUCUCAAAAAGCCACUGAUCACUUCUUUAUGACCAAAAAAAAAAUGAUUUCUUUGAAAUUCUUUUCUAAAUAACUGCUUCUUCUUAAGUAAUAUCAUUCUCAGCUUCUACAAUAUCAUCCUUCUAUUUCACAUGGCUUUUUCCCAGCCUCUUUCCUUGCAACUCCUCAAAUUCAAGGUUCUGUCUUGAGCUGUCUUUUCUUUCAUGCUACCCUCUCUCCCAGUAAGCACCCUUGCUCUCUUCUGCAAUUUCAACAACCUUAUUAUGCUCCCAAAUACUCAUUUUGAAUUCCAACCCUUUUCUGAGCUCCAAUCCAAAAAUUAUAAUUCUCUGGACAACUGUUUUUGGAUGUUCCAAAGAUAUUUAGAAUUCAAUCAAUUUAAGAAAAAACCUACCAAGUUUCUAUCCUCAUUGAAUUCCUUUUCUAUUCACGGGAUGUUUUCCAUCUCAAGCUCACAUUCUAGGUCAUACUUUUCUUCCACAUUAUUUUUCUUGUUAUUUGAUCAAAU